UCACGCGGAAGCUGUUGAUGUUGUUAGCAUGUCUCCAUGACUUAGCCUCCGUUAGACCGGAUUAUUCUGAUUUUUAACGUUCAAACCGCAUCAGAAUCCGGAUUUAAAGGUUAAUUUAGCUGGUCAGGAUGGGUAAGGCAGACUUCCUGUCCCCUAAGGCCAUAGCGAACCGGAUCAAGUCUAAAGGACUCCAGAAACUCCGAUGGUACUGUCAGAUGUGUCAGAAACAGUGUCGAGACGAGAAUGGGUUUAAGUGCCACUGCAUGUCAGAGUCUCAUCAGAGACAGCUGCUCCUGGCCUCAGAAAACCCCAACAAGUUCAUGGACUACUUCUCAGAUGAGUUCAAAAGUGAUUUCCUGGAGCUGCUCAGGAGACGUUUUGGAACGAAGCGUGUGCACAACAACAUCGUCUACAACGAGUACAUCAGCGACAGAGAGCACGUCCACAUGAACUCCACGCAGUGGGAGACACUCACAGACUUCACUAAGUGGCUGGGCAGGGAAGGUCUCUGUAAAGUUGACGAGACGCCUAAAGGCUGGUACAUCCAGUACAUCGACCGUGACCCCGAGACCAUCCGCCGUCAGGAGGAGCAGGCCAGGAAGAAGAAACAGGAGCUGGACGACGAGGAGCGGAGCGCCAAGUUCAUAGAGGAGCAGGUCCGCCGAGGCCGAGACGGCAAGGAGACGGACGAGACUCCGGUCUACACGGAGCUGAAACGUGAGAGUGAAGAAGAGAAAGUGGCCUUCAACCUGGGAGCUUCCUCAUCCCUGGCCGGUCCAUCUAAAUCCAGCUCCGCCCUCAGCUCCAGCGCUCUCAGAGCUCCACCCACCAAGAGGAAAGAGCCGUCAUCAUCGGGUUCAGACUUUAGGACAGAGAAGAAGAAGAAAUCAGCUCUGGAGGAAAUCAAAGAGAUGGAGGAGAAGAGGAAGAUGAAGCAGUCAGUGAGAACAGAUUACUGGCUGCAGCCCAACGUCGUGGUCAAAGUGGUCACCAAGAGACUGGGGGAGAAGUACCACAAGAAGAAGGCCGUCGUCAUGGAAGUCAGAGAUAAAUACGGAGCAGUGGUGAAGAUGAUCGACUCUGGAGACAAACUCAAACUGGACCAGAACCAUGUGGAGACGGUCAUACCUGCACCAGGUAAACGAGUUCUGAUCCUUAACGGUCCCUACAGAGACACAGAGGCGGUCCUUGAGGGGAUAGACGAAAAAAACUUCAGCGCUUCACUCAUGCUCGACUCCGGUCAGCUGAGAGGAAAGAGGGUUGAUAUUGCCUAUGAGGAUUUCUCCAAACUGGCGUAAAGCUCAGACCUUCAUGAUUAAAUCUCAGGAAGCCCCUCAGCUCAACGAUUCUUCUGUCUGACUUUACUUCCUUUAGAUUUAU